AUGGCCACGUUGACCUUCCUCCUCUGCUUGACACUCCUCUCCCCGCUCUGCACCUCUGCUCAGACCGCCGGAAACGUAUCCAUCGGAGCCACCAUCACAGCCGCUGAAAACUCCGAACCAUGGCGGUCGCCGUCGGGAGACUUCGCGUUCGGCUUCCAACACCUCCCCGGAAACAAUGGCUUCUUCGUACUGUCCAUAUGGUUCGACAAAAUCCCCGAAAAAACCAUCGUCUGGUACGACAGGGCUUCCUUUCCGGUGCGCGGCGGCGCCACCGUGCAGCUCGACGCCGCCGGCGGGAUAGUCCUCCGGGGCCCCCACGGCAGGGUGCUGCGACGCUCCGACGGCCUCGCCGAUCAGGUGGCGUACGGAUUCAUGAACGACACCGGAAACUUCGUCCUCCGCGGCGGCGAUUCGGCGGCGCUCUGGGAGAGCUUCAACAAUCCAACGGACACCAUCCUUCCGACUCAGAAUAUUCCGGCAGGCAGCCAACUGAUUUCCCGGUCGACGGCCGCCAAUUUCUCUCAGGGAAGAUUCUACGCCGCCGUAAAAGACAACGGAAAAUUCGCGCUAAGCACGAAAACCACGCCGGAAAAUAAUUUAUUCGACGCAGAGUAUUACAGCUUCGGAAUUCCCGGCGCCGGCGGCCGGUUGGUCUUCGACGAACGAGGCAUCAUUUCGGUUCAGAGCCAAAACGGGACAGAGUCAGUUCUAUCUUCCAGCUCAAAUCCGUCGCCGGCGUCGGAUUACUAUUACAGAGCCACUCUCGAUCCCGACGGAAUCUUCGCGCAAUAUUAUUACCCAAAGAUUCCUCGUACUCCCGCCGCCGGACAGUGGAUAACAGCUAGUUCUUGGCCGGACAACAUAUGUGUAAGCCUCGCUGGACUCCUCGGCAGCGGCGCGUGCGGUUAUAACAGCGUUUGCACCUUGCAAAAAGGGCGGCCUAAUUGCCAGUGUCCGCGCGGCUUCUCGCCGGCGGAUCCAAACAAUACUUCCGGCAAUUGUGCGCCGAAUUAUACUCCGAGUUGCGCCCCGGGAUCAUCGCCGGAACCGGACAUGUACGAUGUGUUCGAGGUUUCAGACACCGACUGGCCUUUCAACGAUUACGAACAAAUAUGGCCGUGUUCAAUAGAACAGUGCCGCAGCCUCUGCCUCGCCGAUUGUUUCUGCGCCAUCGCCAUUUUCCGAAACGACAGCUGCUGGAAGAAGCGGCUGCCGCUAUCCAACGGCAAAGUCGACACUUCCAUCGGCGCCACUGCCUUUCUCAAAUUCAAGAAAGACGGCGGCGGCAGCAACAACAAUCAAUCAAACAAAUUUGUAAAACAGAGCCGGACUAACCCGACACUCACUCACGUGGUGUCGGGGCUUUUAAGCUUCUCAGUAUUAAUCAACACGGUGUUGAUUAUUAUUUACAUAAUUAUUUAUAAGAAAAAAAACUCAGGGCUUUUACAUCCCUACCCGGCGCCGGAAUCUCGGCCUGGCCCUAAUCUCCGGCGGUUUACGCACAAAGAGCUUGACCGCGCGACGAACGGGUUCAAAGAAGAAGCCGGGAGAGGCUCGUUCGGAAUUGUAUACAAAGGAAAACUCGAGAACGCCGCGACGAUAGCAGUGAAGAAGCUCGACGGAGUAAUCGGUCGCGACAAGGCGGAAAGGGAAUUCGUGACGGAAAUGGAGGUGAUCGGGCAGACACACCACAAGAAUCUUGUCCGAAUGAUUGGAUUCUGCGACGACGGGAUUCAUCGAAUGCUUGUGUACGAGUUCAUGUCCAAUGGCACGCUGGCGGCGUUCCUCUUCGGGCAAUCGAGGCCGAGCUGGAGGUCGAGGAUGGAGAUAGCAAUGGCGGUUUCGAGGGGGUUAAGGUAUCUGCACGAGGAGUGCGCGGCGCCGAUAAUCCACUGCGACAUAAAGCCGCAGAACAUACUUCUCGACGACCGUAACAAUCCUCGGAUUUCGGACUUCGGAUUGUCGAAGAUUCUGGGGAUGAAUCAGAGCAGAACGGUGACGAACAUUCGGGGGACGAAGGGGUACGUGGCGCCGGAGUGGUUUCGGAAUUCGCAGGUGACGGCGAAGGUCGAUGUUUACAGCUUUGGGGUUUUGCUGUUGGAGAUUGUCACGUGCAGGAAGAGCUUGGAGUUUGGUAAUAAUGGCGAGGGGGAGAUGUUGAUGGAUUGGGUGUGGGAUUGUUUUGUGGAAGGGAUGGUGGAGGAGAUGGUGGGGGAGGCGGUGGCGGCAGAGGAGAGGGCGGCGGUGGUGAGGGCGGUGAAGGUGGGGAUAUGGUGUGUGCAGGAGGAUGCGGCGGUGAGGCCAAGGAUGGGGGAGGUUUGUCGGAUGCUGGAAGGUGUCGUGGAGGUGGAGGUGCCGCCAUGUCCGUACCGGACUGGAUCUACUUUUACUGCAGCUGCCUGAUACUGAUAAUUAGGGUUUGUUUGAGUGCGGUGAAAUAAGGAGAAAGGAAGAGGAAGAAGAAAUACUUAGGAAAACAUGGGACGUUGGAGACGUUAAAUUCGGUUUUUUUUUUUUUUUUAAACAAAAAAAAAUGUUAAUUAAGAAUAAUCAUCACAUGAGAAAUUACUUUUGAAAAUGAAAUUAAAUCAGCAUCCAUUGA